GAUAUUCCUCAACACAAGUAUAUGUGUGUAUGUAUAUAAACCCCUCAUAGCUGCUGCUCCUCAACACGUUUUCAUCUUCCUUCGCAAUCCACUCCCACCGAAAAAGAGAGAGAGAUGUGUCCCUCGGGGAGAAUGAUAACUGCCGCGAAUCCAGAUCUCCGGCCGGCGUUCGAGGUAAUCGACGCUGAUCACGACGGCAAAAUCAGCUGCGAUGAUCUCCGUUCGUUCUACGCGGGGAUCCCGAGAUCGACUUCCUCCGACGAUGUAAUCUGUGCGAUGAUUUCGGCGGCCGACGCGAACAAGGACGGAUUCGUGGAGUACAACGAGUUCGAGAAGGUUCUGCGGGGAUAUAACGGGAAAUUGACGUCGUCGUACGGCGGAUCCGAAGGCGGGGACGGGUUGAUGGAGGAUGUGUUCAAGGUGAUGGAUAAGGACGGAGAUGGGAGAUUGAGCUUCGGAGAUCUGAAGAGUUACAUGGAUUCGGCCGGUUUGGAUGCGACCGACGAUGAGAUCAAGGCGAUGAUCAAAUUAGCCGGCGGUGAUGAAAACGGCGGCGUUUCAUUUGACGGUUUGCUCAAGAUCUUCGGGUGCUGAUUCUUUCUUCUCUCUCUCCUUUUUUGUGUUUUUUCUGUUUUUUUUUUCUCCCAAAUAUUGUCAUGCUUCGUUGGUUCUGGCGGAAGCUUCUCUGUCGUCUCUGCUAAACUUUUUUCGAGAUGAUUUAACAUGAUGAUGAUGAUGAUA